AUGAGUUGUUGGGCGCCGUUAGCGCGGCUGGGGGCGUGCGCGCCGAGCAACGGCAUUGUGGCGUGUCUGAACGCGUGCGACGGACCCACCAUCGACUGCUACGACACCUGCUACACCGCCUCCGGCUGGCUCCCACCGCUCUCCACCGCUGAGCUCAUCGCGUUCCCCAUCUCCGCGUGCUGCCUGCUCGCCAUGUCCCUCGUCAUCUCCUGCAUGAUGUCUUCCACUCUCGGACUCGAUAUGGCGACUCUCCAGGCGGCGAUGGAUGGCGUGGACGAGCGGCUGAGGUGGCAGGCUGCCAAGGUGGCAGCGCUGCGCACACGUGGCAGCCUGCUGCUCACCACGCUAUUGGUCGCCAGCACCAGCGUCAACGUCAGCUUCACGCUCUUUGUCUCAGGUGGGGCUCAGGUGGGGUCAUGUAGGCUCAGGUGGGGCUCAGGUGAGGCUCGGGUGGGGUCAGGUGGGGCUAAGGUGGGGUUCAGGUGGGGCUCAGGUGGGGUCAGGUGUGUUUCGCCCUCUGUGCUGCUCAUCUUCCACUCUGUGGAAAUCGCUCCUCUCAUGGAUCUCACCCCACUCUACCCCCACCUUAUCCACACUCCCAGGCGUGUUGGGCAUGGUGAUGGGCUUCGUCCUCUGUGUGCUGCUCAUCCUCCUCUUCGUCGAAAUCACUCUUCUCAUGCAUCUCACCCCACUUCACUGCUCCCUACUCCUCUCUACCCCACCCUCCCCCCUUCUCCAGGCGUACUGGGCAUGAUGAUGGGCUUCAUCCUCUGUGUGCUGCUCUUCGUCGAAAUCGCUCCCCCCGCCAUCUGCGUGUUGGGCAUAGUGAUGGGCUUCGUCCUCUGCGUGCUGCUCAUCCUGCUCUUCGUUCUGAUCUCUCCUCUCAUUUGUUCCACCAUGUCCCACCAUUCUCCACCGCUCUCCACCCCACCCUCCCGCUCUCCCAGGCGUGUUGGGCAUGGUGAUGGGCUUAAUCCUCUGCGUGCUGCUCAUCCUGCUCUUCGUGUAGACCACUCUCCCCCUUCCACUUAUCCCCUUCGACCAUUCUCCACUGCUCCCCAUCCCGCCCCUCCCGCUCUCCCAGGCGUGUUGGGCAUGGUGAUGGGCUUCAUCCUCUGCGUGCUCUUCAUCCUCCUCUUUGUCGAAAUCGCUCUUGUCAUUCAUUCACCCCGUUCCACCACUCCCCACCGCUCUUCACCUGCUCCUCCUCCCAGGCGUGUUGGGCAUGGUGAUGGGCUUCAUCCUCUGUGUGCUGCUCAUCCUCCUCUUCGUCGAAAUCGCUCCCCCCCCAUCUGUGCGCGCCACUCCCUCCGCAUCGCCUCCGCCACCGCUUGGCUCGCCCGACUGCUGCUGCUGCUGCUCUCCCCGGUGGCUUAUCCUGUCAGCCUGUUGUUGGAUAGAUACCUCAACAAUCAAGAAGAUGAGGAGGAGAGGAGCUUGAGGCGUGGUCUUCUGUGCGGUGGUUCCAGCUGCACGGACCCCUACUGCAUGAAGCAUGGCGGCUCAGCGGGCUCCUCUCCCCGCAUCUACAUCACCAACCCCCUCGCCAACCCGCCCUCCCUCGAAUUCCCCGACACCACCGCUUCUGCCCUCGACACUGGGAGCGAGCAGACGGAGGAGCGGGAUGAGGAGGAAGAAGAGGAAGAGAGUGCGGCGCUGUAUUCAGAGGACAUGGACUCAAACACGCGCAUGCACAUGGCGGGAUUCGGCGCCAUGCCGCCCAGGUCUGGCCCGUACGACUCAAGUCGCUCCAAGCCCGUCAGCGGCGGCAGCGACUCUCCCCUGCGGCGCCGCAUCGAGCAGGCAGCUGAUCGGGCUGCUGCUGCUGCUGGUGUCCCCCCCUCCACCCCUGCUGCUGCCAGCACUGGUGGGGGAGAGAGCGGGAGGAAAACAGAGAGCGGGACGGUAGGAGAGAGCGGGGCGAUAGGAGAGAGCGCGGAAGAGGUGGUGAUGGCUCUGCCUGUGGGGGAGAGUCAGGAGUAUACGAGUGUGGAGGUCGGGGAGGAAGGGGAGGGGUACAGCACUCGGGAGGAGGAGAUCAGUGAGAAGGUGGGGAGGGGUGGGAGGAGCGGGAGAGGAGGGAGUGGGAGAGGAGGGAGUGGGAGAGGAGGGAGUGGGAGAGGAGCGGAGGAGACGGCAGAGGAGUCGGAUGAAGUGCCGAUGGCACUGCCAACGUCUGAUGAUGUUGAUGGGGAGUCAGAUGACCAGAGGAGGAACGUUGGACGG